AGCAAAUGAACGGUGAUGUGUGAUCAAAACGCGUUGCUUCGUUUACUAGCGGCGCAAGCGUCGGCGCAACAGCAGAUGCUUUUUGGCUGCGGAACAGGCGCAGGUGCAUCGCCAGCUCCCGGUGCAGCUAGCGCCCACCGUGGCGCUGGCGCCAAUGGCGCCGCAGCUGCUGCGCUUCUGAAUGGAAUGCUAGGGGCUGCAAAUCCAUUUAUGUCACCGGAAAUGAUGCUCUGGCAAAGUAUGGUUGCCGCUCAGGCACAGAUAGCGCAAUUGCAUCAGCAGCAACAACAGCAACAGCAGCAACAACAACAGCAACAGCAGCAACAGAGACAACAGCAGCAGCAAGAGCAGAAACAACAACGGCAACAGCAAUUGCAACAGCAGAAACAACAACAACGGCAACAGCAAAUGCAACAACAACGGCAACAACAGCUGCAACAGCAAACAAAUCAGCUAUCGUUUGAUGAAGUGCUAAAGAAGCUGGCCGAAGUUGGAAAGAAAAAUGCAACCACCAACGGUAGCCUUGCGUCGCAUCACGCUACAGCGGCUACGUUACCGUCCACGUCUGCCCCGACCUCCACGUCAACGACGUCGGUAACGAACAACAAUGGACGUCGUUUGGAACCGGGCGAGAUACCGGUGACAAAAAGCUCGGUUACGAAAGCUCUGAACAACAUGAAUAAGAGUAUGCUCGAUGCGGCGAUGCUUCAAUUAUUGGCCACGCAAAUGAUGACUCAACAGGCGGCCAUGUCGAAAGUGAAUGGGCACACUAAUAACCAUCACAAAACCAUAAAGAAAGAUGCAGCCCAACUCGCUCUUGAUCUCUCUUCGAAGACAAAAACUGAGCCAGGACCCUCCUCUGAUGGUACAGACACUCGAGGUACCGCUACACCUUCGGAAUGCCUUGGCGAAGGCGGUAAAAAACGGCCACCAGCAACUGAAGCUCAAGCCAGGGUUCCGCUGACGUUGGGAUGGCGCCGCCAGACUUGUAUCCGUUCAAUAGCAGCAUCUGGAGUACGAGGUGAUGUCGUGUACUAUGCACCAUGCGGAAAGAAACUCAGCACCUACGCUGAAGUCCUGAGAUAUCUAAUGAAGCAUCCGGGUGGACUUAUAACGAGGGACAAUUUCUCAUUCAGCAGCAAAUUAAUCGUAGGAGAAUUUUUGAUGCCGAAAGAGUUGGAAAAUGGCGAAAAGGUUGUAGUAAAACUCGGUGAAGAGGUUAUAGCUGAAGAAAUCAAUCGGCUUAUCAGUCUGAAACCUCAGCCUAGAAAUGGAGAGAGGAAGCAAAAGGAAAAGCCAGAAAAACCAGAAAAGGCUGAGAAAACGCCCCAGGAAGGCAGAACAACGCCCGAAGAAACUCGAGAGCCACAAAAUCACAUGGAAGCUGACGAAUCUCCACUAGAAGUAUAUGAUGAUGAGGAUAAAAUCAAAUGGAGUCGUGAACCGAUCGAUGAUUUGUUGCUGACAGAAAUUCGGCCAUUACCUGAUCUACCUCGGGUGGUAAACCUUCAACUGAAUGGAGUUGGAUUUGCUGACGCUCUGAUGGUCCAUGAAUUUGUCAAUAAUUUUGCUCAUGUGCUUGAAAUUGACUCUUCCUCAAUUCCACCAUUGGGUGUUCUUUGUGCCGGUCUUGUUGGAGAUGUAAGACAUUUCGAUCAUGUACUCCAACUGACUCUUGCAUUGUUUCGGUUGUCAUUGGAGUAUCCCGGCUUACCCAUGGGAAAGCGAGGAAAAACUCGACUUGGACAAACCAUCUCUGAGGCGGGCGUAAAUAAAGAGAACUAUUCGGAGUUAAUGCGAUUGUUCUUAGCCACGCGAGAUUCGCAAGGACAAAAGCUUGCUGAACUCCUCCUCCAUAGCAGUUUCGCUGAACUGUCGGGUGAAGAAAAGGCCUCAAUCUUAGCUUAUUUAUGCAAUGAACUGCUUUGUUGCCCAAAUAUCGUAAAAGAAAUUGAUCGGAAUCUGGAAGAAGUAGGACGAUUGAAGGGCGAUCGAUGGAUGCGUGAUGGAAAGGCUCGUGCACUUCGAGUUAUGCAACGGAAGAAACUAAAAGCUGAGCGAGGAGUCCAUAACAGUGAAUCCGAAGGCCAAGUACAUGAUGAUCGACCACCGUCAAGAAAUUCUGAAGCUUCGGAUACAAGUCGUCCUACGACUCCCGUUCCCACAGCGCGGGAUCGGAGGUUGACGCCGGGGCUGGGACAAUGCGAAAUUCUGACGGAAGAGGAAGAAAAGAUGUCACCCGAGCAGCUCGAAUCACUCAUUGACUCACUUAAUACUGAGGCGGAACAUCUGAAAGAGAAAAUCAAUGAGCUUUCGACAAAAGUGCGAAGUUUUCCCUUGGGAUGUGAUCGUUACCACAGGAACUACUGGCAAAUACCUGGUGUACCAUCAAUAUUGGUAGAGUCAAUCGAAAGUUCUGGACCAUCAAAUCCAGCCUGUAACAUAGACGAGACUUGUGCAAAGGAUCCACCGGAACUAAAGGCCCCUGGCUUCGUUCACCCCGAUGUAAUCGCUUGUGUGGAAGACCUUGUAGACGAUGUCGUUACGGCUCGGUCUCACUCGGAUCGACGCAAGCGAAAGAGGUUUCGACGUAUGGAUAACCCAUAUAAAAGAGGCUGGUGGUCUGUGGAUACCAAGGAGGCUCUGGAAGCUGUGCGAAGCAGUUUGCACGGUAGGGGUAUUCGUGAGCGUAUUCUACAUCGGUUACUCUGUAAAUCGUGGUUUUUAAAGGAUGUAAAAUUAGGCAAAGUUGAGCUAGAAAAGGUAGAAGAAGAAAUGGAUCUAAAUAAGUCUAAGGAUUUGAGCUAUAGCAUCGUACAUCGUCGACUUGAUGAGCUUGAAACUAGGAUAACCAAGGCUAAAAUUGCUGCACGAGUGACUGCCAAUGGACUCUUACGAAACGGUGAAAGAACGUCAGCUGAGCUUAGGCAGCGAAUUCUACAUUGCGAACGGCGUAUCAACCGUAGUUUCUUUAGGCCUAGCUUUUGUGUCAGUGACAAGAAAUACCUGGCCCAUACACUGAAAAUGGAAGAAGAAAGAAAGAAUGGUAGCCACCCUGACGAGGAUGAAGAAAGAUCAGAAGCGGAUCGAGAUGAUGAAGAUGGCGACAGAGAAGAUUCAGACAGCCGUGAGAUGAUUGAUCGUUGGCGGUUCUACGUAGAAUCUGCCACAACGCCGUCAGAAUUAGCGCUUGCCGUGCAGCUUCUCGAAUCUUCGAUUGCAUGGGAAUUGGUGCACUCAUUGCGAUUGUGUCAGAUUUGUCGUAAACGUUGUGAUGAUAGCCACACGACAUUGCGAUGCACGGCUUGCCGUUUGAAUUAUCAUCAAAGCUGCUGCAAGUCUCCGCCCUCUCGCGAAUGGUUCUGUCCCGCAUGUGUAGAGUCUUCUACCCAAGUGCCUACUUGCCUUAUUUGCUCUCGGCAGGUUGAUGAUUUGGUUACAUGCAGAAAAUGCUACCAUUUCUUCCAUGUCGAAUGUGCCACUGAUUCUGCCUUUGAUUGUUGUGGAGAUUUUCUAUGCCGUGGAUGUGACCCUAAACUGUUCGAGCGUCGAGUAAUCCCGCAUGGAGAAUGUGACGACUACUUAGAGGCAGACGACACAGCCGACGCAGAGCACCAUCAUCACAUUCCCAACGGUCACCAUCCAGCGCAGAACAAAGACAAAAACAAGCCUCUAAAGCGCAAGGCAGAAGCACCUCCACCAGUUGUGUUCCCUAUAGAGAUGAAUGCUGAUCUGUGCAGGGCAAUGUUGGACGAGUUAGAGUGUCAACCUGGUGUUGGGCCAUUCCUCGAGCCAGUAGAUCUGGACCUUGUACCUGGUUAUCGAGAAGCGAUUCCGAAUCCCAUCGAUAUGGCUUCCAUACGAAAUCGGAUCGAGGCACAAUGUUACGAAACUCCGGAUGACUUUGCCGCUGAUAUGGAGCUAAUGUUCGAUAACUGCCGAACCUUCAACGAAGAUGAUUCGCCCGUUGGUAUUGCUGGUGCCACGCUCCAGAAAUUCUAUCACAAACGAUGGCGACAACUCAAGUAUAACUUCAGCAAGCGUCUCAAGCGUAUGCGUCACCACAUUUGAGCUCAAUCAUUUCCUAAAAUCCUGUCUUUGUACAUCACCCCCCCCCCACUGUAUUUACCCUAUAAGUUACACUUCAGUCAUCGGAUCCCCUGUUCAUUAUCUCAUUGUUUCCAAUCUAACCUCAGCGAUU